AUGUCAGACCCAUCUGCCUACACUUACCCAUCCCCACUAGAGGGAUAUGAGAACUUGGAGCCAUUGACCGAAGAGAAAAACGAGGAUGGCAAAUCAUUGAAGAACCCCCAGCAUGGAGUUCUGAGCAAAGCCUACGAAGAGUUCCCCGACCCUCUCUCGAAAGGCCGAGACGGAGGCUUCGACGUCCACAUCUAUUAUUUCCAAAACAACCCCGCUCAAGUCACAUACGCCAAAGAGCUAUGGGAACGAAUCAGACGAGAAUUUCCCGAGCUGAGGAUCUACCGUUUCUGGGACCGACCUAUUGGCCCUCAUCCUGUGGCCAUGUUCGAGGUGAACCUCUUCACACCCGCACAGUUCGGUGCCUUUAUUCCCUGGCUGGUUAUCAAUCGUGGCCCGUUGAGUGCUCUGCUUCAUCCCAAUACGGUGGAGUCGGAGGAUGAGCGCAACCAUACUCAACGCGCCACUUGGCUGGGAGAUCGAAUCCCCUUGGAUACGAGUAUUUUCAAACAACGAGGUUGA